CUCUGUUCUCCACUGUGCAGCCCUGUCGGGGCUGACGAGCCGGAUUUGCGGACCAGUCGGGAAAGCGCCGCAGCAGCGCUCACUACUGACGUCUCGCACUCAGCACCAACACAGCCAUUCUCCCCAAGCUUGUGGCGAGUGCACCGCGCGGCUGACGAGCACCGAGCCAUUGGUCAUCCAGCGUCGCAAGCCCGGCGAGUGCGACAGCAGAGCAUUCAUGUGCUGCCUGGUCAGCGCAUAGUCAGAGCACGACGGCCCCGCCGAGCUGGAGACACGACAUCUCGAGCCUCGACCGCGAACCUGCCCGAGAACCCCCCCCGACAUUCUUAGCACGCCGCCGCCGCCAUGCCCUCGAUUCUGUCCGACGAGGACAAGCUGACGGUCAAGCGCACCGUCCCCAAGUCGGCGAACAAGAUCCACGCCGUCGCCGUCGCCAAGCUGUACAUUGCCUACCCGAACAGGAACCACUGGACGUACACGGGCCUGCAGGGAGCAGCAGUGCUCGCAAACGACCUGGUCGGCAACACCUUCUGGAUCAAGCUGGUCGACAUCUCGUCUGCCAACCGUGGCGUCAUCUGGGACCAGGAGAUCUACGACGGCUUCACCUACAACCAAGACCGCGUCUUCUUCCACUCGUUUGAGCUUGAAGAAUGUCACGCCGGGCUGUCCUUUGCGGACGAGAAGGAGGCCAAGACGUUCAAGAAGAAGAUGGACGACCGCGAGAAGAAUGCGCACAAGAACACGAAGAACAAGCCGUUUGGAGCAGCAGCAGGGAGCACUGGGCCGGCCGCAAAUGGAAGAAGCCACGGUCACGGUCUCCUUGGAGGCCUGUUUGGCUCCAGGCACUCGUCGAAUCCUGCGCCGCCGCCACAAUCCAUCAUGCCGCCGCCAGCCGUGAGCGUUGUGUCGCCGUCGCAGAGCAGCCACUCCAAUGCCACGAGCGCACGCAGCUCCGCCAUCGACACCACAGACCCCUCGUGGCAGCCCCUGCUGAAGGAGCUGCUGGCCAUGGGCAUCACAGAAGAUCAGAUCGAGGAGAACGCCGACUUCAUCAAGCUGUACAUCGAGCAGAAGAAGCACGACGAGAAGGCCCAGGCUGAGAACGAGGCAAGAAGAGCAAGGGCCCCCCCGCCGCCGCCGCCUCCCCCGAGCGCGCCGCCGACAGCACGAGCACUCAGUCCUCAGACCACCGGCAACUCGAGGCGUGGGCCGCCGCCAGCACCCCCGCCAGCGCGACGGACCAAGACCGACUUGCCAAACCGCAACUCCUCCUCCAGUCCCGUGCCGCCGUCGCCUCCUCGUGAGCCAUCGCCGCCGCCGGGCCCGCCGAAGCCCGUCUUCCGAGCCCCCCCGCCGAUCGCAGAUGCUGGCAAAUUUGCAAACCUGCCUCCUGCACCACCAAACCGAGCACGAGCACAGUCAGGCGCUGCCUCUGGGCCGCCGCCGCCUCCACUGCCACCGAAGACUCCAGUGCCAGCAGAAGAUCAACCCGUGGGGGGCAGGUUUGGCGUGCCGCCUCCCUUCACCGGCAACCGAGUACCUUCAGGUGCACCUCCGCCUCCUCCAAGUCGUGGGCUAGUUCCGCCUCCACCUCCCUCGCGCAACACGCCCUCAGCGCCUCCACCACUUCCGCCGAAGACACCAGGCACAUCGCUCCCACCACCACCACCACCACCACCACCACCUCCACCGGCGAACAACGCUCCACCACCACCACCUCCUCUGCCGCCGACAUCAUCUCGGCCUGUGCCGCCGGCGCCCACAGCCUCGGUGCCUGUCCCCCCACCGCUUCCACCUACAUCGUCGAUCCCACCACCACCGCCGAUGCCGGGGAGGUCAAUCCCACCUCCCCCGCCUAUGCCAAACGCCGGUGCGCCUCCUCCACCGCCUAUGCCAAACGCCGGUGCGCCUCCUCCCCCGCCUAUGCCAAACGCCGGUGCGCCUCCUCCCCCGCCACCGAUGCCUCCAGGCACUGGCCCGCCUCCGCCCCCGCCCAUGCCAUCGCGGGACGCUGGCGCUCCACCACCACCACCUGGUCCGCCGCCGCCACCGGGACCACCACCGCCUCCAGGCGGUGCCCCUCCACUGCCAAAGGCCGCUGCAGUUGGACGCGACGGUCUGCUCGCGGAUAUCCGCGGCGGCGCAAGACUGAAGAAGGUCUCAGACACAGAGAAGAAAGACCGUAGUGCAGCAGCAGUUCCGGGGCAAGAACCUGCGUCAGCCUCUGGAGGUGCUAGUGGGCCUGCUACGCCGGGUGCGGAUGCUGGCUUGGCUGGGGCGUUGGCGAGUGCGCUUGCAGCGAGAAAGGCUAAAGUUAGUCACAGUGAUGAUGAGAGCGACAAGGACGAUUGGUAGAUGCGUUUUAUCUGGGUGGAGCGCGGAGACGCACCAUGACGGCAUACGCUGCUUCGACCGACUGCACGGAACAACAAGACCAACGCAGUGCACGAUCCUAACAAUAGGAUUGUAGCGUGCGUGUAUGGAAAGAAGUACGGCUGCGAAGAGCUAGAUGAGGGGCCGUCGAGGGCUCGGAGCCAGAGAGGAGUCAGAAGUUGUACAAAGCUUUCAAGCCAUAUUUACAUACCCACAGCAUGC